GCAAUGAAUUCAGAAUAUUCGAGUAUUCACAAUUACAAAAUGAUCAUAAAAGCUUUAUAUCUAUUCAUUGUAUUUAGUUUGGUGUUCACCAAACCAAAUCCGGAAAAUGGUUUCACUUUAUAUGAAGUCGCAGUAAAGAAUGUAAGGCAGGUAAAGAUUUUAAGUGAACUAGAGAGGAAGCUCAACUUAGAUGUGUGGUCCCAUGCAUUGCCGAAACGUUCGGGAAGGGUGCUCGUACCGAAAGAUCAGAGGAUGUUAUUUGAAAAUGAAUUCUCUGCAGCUGGAAUAGAGUACAAAGUCAUUGUGCAAAACAUGGAAGAAUUAUUCGAGCUGGAACGCAAACGGUUAUUAGAAGCUGCAGAAAGGAGCUCUAGCAGAGAUGAUAAUGGGAGUAUUGCUAUAGAUAGGAUGCAUUCAUAUGACGAGGUUAACGCAUUUCUCGAAGAAUUAGAUAAACAGUAUCCAACUGUUAAUUUACUUACUCAAGGAACAACUUCCGAAGGCAGACCAAUUAAUUAUAUAAGGAUAUCGUCAUCAAAUUUCACGGAUUACACCAAACCAGUAGUAUUUAUACAAUCUUUAAUUCAAGGCCGAGAAUGGAUUUCUUUGCCAGUCGUGUUGCAUGCGAUAAACAAAUUAGUCACAGACGUCACUGAAGAGGAUCUCGUUAAAGAUAUUGAUUGGAUCAUCUUACCAAUAGCUAACCCUGAUGGAUAUCAUUACAGUUCGACAAACUCAAGGCAGUGGACUAAAAAUCGACGUAUCGUCGACCAAGAAUGUAUUGGUGUUAAUAUCGACCGCAAUUUUGGCAUAAACUUUGGAGAUUAUUCCAGUGAUAAUCCAUGUUCAGACAACUACCAUGGGACUAGCGAGGAAUCGGAAGUAGAAACACGAUCGAUACGUGAUAUUAUGAUAUUAAACCAAGGUCGGAUAAAACUUUUCUUGAAUUUACAAAGUUUUGGUAGUCAAAUUCUAUAUGGACUCGGUACUGGCGAUUUACCAAGUAACGGAUUAAUAUUACAUCUAAUCGGAAUGCAAAUGGCUACAGUAAAAAAUGAAAUCUUCACAUGUAAAGACGAUGACUACGUGGUUGGUAAUGUGGCUGCUGUUUUAGAAAAGGAAUCUGGUAGCGCUAUUGACUAUGCGACGGUUGUACGUAAUAUACCAUAUUCAUACACGAUUAGACUUCCAAGCUAUGCUAAUGGUGGAACUGUGAAUAAUGAUAACGGAUACAUAGUUGAUCCGAGGUAUUUUAAGAAAGCCGCUGAAGAAGCAUGGGAAGCUAUUAAAGUCGGCGCCGAAUUCGUGCGAGAUUUUGCAUAAUUUCUACUGAUUUUUUUUUUCUGUUUAUGAAGAGUAAAACAAUUUCUUAAUUCAAUUAUUCAUUCCAUGUACAUAAAUACUGUCAUCAAUUUCUUUAAUAUUCCGAAGCAAUUUCAGAAUCGGUAAAACAACAAAAUUAUUAAUACAGCUCGAAACUUAAAUAAUUAGCAUGUUUUAACAUGAUACUGACUGCCGUGUAGUCCCAGCAUAAAAUGGGCCAUCCCUUUCUUUUCCGUAAGUGUCGUAAGAGGCGACUAAAGGAACUUAGUGGCCGAGAGAUAGAGCAGCCUUCUUAAAACAUCAAAAUCUAACUGCGAAUUCCAACGCGCCCGUCGAGUAUGGCAACUAUUAGCAUAACUCUCUCAAAUGUGAGGCCUAUAUAUUCAAUGGUAGUUAACAGCUAAUAUGAUAAUGCACAUAAAACAGCAAGACCAAUAAAAACAGACAUACAAAUACAAAUGUCUGUUUGUGCAGGGUUCGAACCUACAAUCAAUGAGCAAUGUGUUUAACCCCUAGACCACCAAGGUCAUUCAUAAUUUAAUUAGGAAAUUAAAAAUUGUUCUUUUUCAUCUCAUGUUUCUUCAAGGAAUAUAUUCAAUUUUACUAAUAGAAAACUUUCUUAAAAGAAAAAUGUUAAUAAUUUCGACUUCUGUAUAAAUUCAAUGAUAUGCCAACGCAAUCACUAAUUUCACACGCUUUAGUUACCUGGAAACAAAAACAAUAAUAAGGACAGACAGGGGCACUAACUCCGGGGUGCUCGGAAACUCCAGUACCUACGAGAGGUAAAUAGCCAAUGCGGAGCACCCAUGACGAUAGACGUAACUAAAGUAAUCCUCACCUCAUUAUACCAUAUAUUAUUUAGGUCGCGCUUACUUAUCUACCAGCUGUGUACGUCUUACCAAAAAAGAAUGAGCAUCCAUGAAGUUUUCUAGAAGCCGGUGCGGCUAGAAGAAGGAUAGAAGUACCAACUCGAUUGUCUUCUUGUAUAAAGAUAUUUCAUUUGCAAAAAAAAAAAAAACACGUUCAUGAAUUAUUUAUGUCUUGGUCCUACGAGAAUACAGAGAAAAUCUUAAAAAGCGCAUUGUGAUUCAUGUGUUAGAACUAGAAGUUUGCGACCUUUAUAUAUAGACACACCCACAUACUUACGCACACAUACACACGUACACACCUACACCUACGCAAAUCCAAACUUACAUUAAAUGUUACAUAUUUAAAUUAGCCCUGUUCGCAGCACCAUUAUUGUUAAAUUUCUUGCUUUGGCUACCACAAUACAGUCUUUGCCUAGUGUGGAGUCAUAGCUAUAUUGUACCAUGGGCUAAUUUUGUUUAAGGAAAUAAAGUUAUUAUUAUUAUUAUCAAAUACAAUAGGAAUUUAUCAGUUCAUUUUUUCUUAUGUAUAAAACCCUGCUAGUUGAAAAGAAAGAAAUACAAUUCUACAUUCAAAAAAUAUGCCAUUUAAGUAUAUACAGACAUUUUGUAUUAAAAUCAAAAAAAUAACAUCAAUCAAUUAUGUUUAACGAAUGUUCACUGUGCAUUAAUAAAUUAAACUUACAAUACAAUUCCUAAAUAAUAUUUAAUUUAAUUAUAAAUAUUCUCCCAACGCACCACACCUAGGCAACGUACCCAAGAAACUGGCAACAUAACCGCGGUAAAAACCAAAAUUGUACGUUCUAAAUUCAAAUAAAUAAUUAAUUAGUGAAAAUAAAACGAUGUCCUAGUACAAUUACUUUAAAUGACGGGAUACCAGCAAAGUAUGAAAUAAUAAGGAUAAAUUUAGGUUGUGAAUGUGAAAUUAACCACAAAGGUUUUCCGAAAACCAUGUGGAAAUCAUCCUGAUAAGGUACAGUCCUUUCCCCACUACUAUCCAAACAUUUAUAAUACAUACAUAGUUAUCACGCCUGUCUUCCAUUAGGGUAUACAAAAACAAUGGAACACUAAAUACUACGAUUGAAACGUUCAUUCGAAACUCGACUCAUUCGCUUCUUCCACGUUCAUCAACCCUUUCAUACACGCUCACUGGUUACAAGUACGUUUAAUUUGGCCGUUCUUCUGAACGUCGUCUGUUUGGUUAAUAUGUCCUACUAGAGCAGUCCCUCCUGACAUCCCCUUCCAUUGGUGCUCGAUAAAUCUCUUUCGUAAUUCUUCUUUCAUUCCCUUUUCCAUCUAUAUCAUUAUUUCGUCUUUCAAUAUACAUAUCUCUCUAAACACUAUUUCUCACUCUUUUCCACUUUUUUAUUAUAUGGGAAAACAAGGGAGACAUGACUUGAGUCGUGGCAUAGCGGAUCGCCGCCGAUGAGAAAUUUGCCCCCCUCUUAUUUAUAACAUUAGUACAGUAACUAUCAUAUUAUUAAAGGGGCAAAACCUUAUCAAUGCAUCAAUAAAAUUAAAGAUUUCUAAUAUGAUAAUAUACAAAAAAAAAACAUUAAAAUAUUAAUUGAUAAGUAUAAUUUAGUAAAAGUAUUUCAAACCUUUGUUAUUAAAGUUAAUACUGAUAGUUUAAAGAUGGCUGUCUUUGGAGUUUACUGUGUCCUAAUUAUUGAUUUAGUGUCUGCUAAAUCGAAAACAGAAGACGGGUAUAACUAUUUUAGAAUGGACUUAAUUCGUAGUUUUAUUUAAAUAUUGGAAAACUUUGUUUUGCAUCACAGAAAGUCAAUUAACGUAAAUUAUUAAACUCGAUUUUCCAUCUCAGUAUUAUUAGUUGUUUCGAAAGAAAUAUACACUAAUUAUUUUCCUAGAUUAGAGAGUUUUGUGAAACAAAGAGAAUUUUUAGUUACAAAAUAAUGAUCACUUGUUUGAUAUAUUGCGUAGCGCCAUCUAGUUAUCUUUUUAAAGAGUUUAUAAUGUAGUUAUUAAAUAAUUAAUCAUUAUCAUUAUGUUAGCAGUUAACUGUCCACUGCUGUACAUAGACCUCGCUCUUGAAGAGUUUUGCCAGUAGUUACCGUGAUUGGUAUGCGGGUUAGCAACCGCAGUUAGGCUUUCGUGAUGUUUUAAGGGAGGCACUACUGCCCAUGUCUCGACCACUGAGUUCCUUUAGUCGCCUUUUACGACACCCACAGGAAAGGAAUGGCCUAUUUUAUGCCAAGACUAAACAGCUUAUAUAAUAUAAUAAUAAAUAGAUAUACAUAAA